CACGCUUCAUCGAACACGUUGAGUUUUGUUUUUGCUCUUUCGUUCGGCUAUUCAGCAUAUUUUUCAAUAGUUUAUGGUGUUUAAAAUUACGAGGAAAUAGUAAGAAAUCGAAGAAAUGUCUUUAAAGCCAGUAAGAUUGCCUCCCAUCGAACCGGAGGCUGGAACAACACUUCACAGAGACCAGGGUCCUUCCUAUAAACUUAGCGGAGUCAGUUCCAGGCAUCAACUUCCCCCACAAUCAGUCCUCAGACCAGGUAUUGAUACACAAUCAGGAGAACUAGAUUCAUGGCCGGCAUAUGCAAGUCGAAGUAUUACAGAUAUUGGUGCAAUUGGUCGGGGAGGAAAAGGCCCAAAAAAGCAAAGCGUCAUCCCAAAACCUAAAUUCUUGGAAGCUUUAGAGAACUAUGUCGAACGUGAAAUAAUAACACUUAACUGUCAAGACCCCAAACCAAGCGAACUUCGAUUACAAGCUUAUCGGGAAGUGUUUGAAUAUUUGAUCGGAGAUUUCAAGACCUACAGACCUCUCUUGUCACAAAUCAAAAAUGAAUAUGAAAAAAUGUUGAGUCAUUACCGAGAGAAGAUUCGCGAACUUGAACCGUUGAAAUCAAUGUUAAUAACAGUAUCGGAACAAUGUGAUCAAAAGAUUUUAAGGAUAAGAGAAGAGGAAAAUCAUGAAAUACUUGGACUUCGUAGAAAAGUGAAAGAACUUCUGAAUGAAUUAGGGCAAGGAAGAAUAAGAGAACAAGGAUUACAGGCUCAGAUACUGAAACUACAGGAAGAAAUGGCAAAAGAAUAUAAAAGAUACAGAGAUGAAUGUGACAUGAGAAAGCUUCUUAUAUCUGAUAUGAACGAUUUACGUCACCAGUACGAAGACAUGAAGAGAAUGGCUGGCCAAGGAGCAAUGGAUGAUGAGGAUGAUCCUGUCAGGUUAAAGAUUGCUUUGAAGGUAGCACGAGAGAAUUUGGGCACUCAAGCCGCUGAAUUAAAUCGAAUCAAGGCAGAUUACGGAGAUGUGAUUCCUCGCCGAGAUUUCCUUGCAUUGGAAACAAAUUUCACUGAGAUGAAUGAAAAAUACGAGACUUUCCAACAAGAUUUCUCAAAGCUCAAAUCAGAACAUGAUACCUUGUUGGAUGUGCACCAACAGGUUAUAGAUCAAAGAGAUGAAUAUUAUACAGAAGCAGAAACAUUGAGAAGAAGCGCGACCCCGAGACCGCAGUGGAAAAAAUGCGCUGAGAUUGUUCCCGGUGGUCAAGAGCGUUGGUACGAUCUAUAUCACGGCAAACGCAGUGCCGAAAUCCUCGAUUCUCUUGUCAGUGAACUGAAAGCUGGUCACGAUAAAGGACCUGAAACAUUCGAAGGAGAAGGCCUGGGAGAAGAAGUUCCAAAAUACCUUCAGUUUGAAGGAACUAUUCGCAAUCGAAUGUUAUCAAAAGCUGAAGUUGCAAAUCUUCUGAAACUAAUCUGGAGUUCGAAAACGGAAAGUGAUCGUCUGAAAGGGGCUCGCCAAGACAUGAAAGAAUUUCUGCUCGAUUAUUUUAGGCAAAAAUACAACGACCCAGAAAUGGUAGCAGAAUGGGGAUAUUCAUUGAAACAAGCUUUGAUCAACUUUGAGAAUGAACCUCAUGUUAAACUGUUUGCCAAUGUUUUGAAUGGUAAAGGUUCCGAAGAUAUUUACUACAGAGAAAUGGACGUGAUCAAAACAUUGAUGGUUUCAUUGGAUGAACUUGAUAAUGAGAAAGCCGGUAGUCUAAAUAUCGACCAGUUUGGAGCAGCGAUCAAGAAAGCGUUCCCAUUAAAGAUGGAUCCAGAAAUUGAAGCUUUAGUAUCUGCAGCACAGGCUGAACUGGAAAUGGUUUCUGAUACGACGACGACUAUUGUUUAUCGGGCAUUAUUCACAGAAGAUGAAGAGGGGAACACUGGUCCUUUCCUUACUUUGUUGAGACAGCAAGAAAGAGAUGAGAGAGACGCCUAUGUGGAUGAGAUAUUCAAACAAUUGGAAGGAAAAGAUGAGGUCCCAAUGCAAGAAAUGAAGGAGACAUUAAUGAUGCUAGAUCCCCAGAUCACUUCACCUAUCAUGCAGAAGUAUCUCAGCAUUGCUUACUCUUGCACUCCAGAGCUUACAGAACAAGCUGAACCCGCCGCCUUAGACACAGUUAUUGAUAGAAUGAAAAAGGGGGGAAUUUAUAGAGUGGGAACACCAUUGUAAAAUGGGAACACUGAAUUUUUAUGGGUAGAAACUAUAUAGUGGAUUGGCCCAUGGAUCGUUAAUUUUUCAGAAUUUCGUGGUUGAUAUUCUAAAAACAUGCUGAUUUCUCUGUCCAAUCAAAUUUAGACACAUUUUGAACAGAGAAAAUUUCCACGAAUAAAUGUAUGUUCAUUGCAAAAAUGGAAGGGAGAAAAAUAAUAUUUGACUGUUGGGUGCUCAAUUUUUCAUGUAAAUCAUUCCAAAUUUGGUUCUAAUUUGACAUGUAUUCUAAUUUUCUAUUCAUAAUGUAAAACUGGUCUUUUCAGAUCAGAUUAUUGUGUACAAUUUUGUUCUACUUUAUGUUAAGUACAUUUAUUUUACCAGAACUAUUACAACACUGGAUUUCACCAUGGUUGUUAAUUAAUGUUUGUGCACUUCAUACUCUGCUUUUAUUUUUUUUCUGUAAAUUCGCUAAAGCAGUUGUAUAAGUUGUUGACAAACUCAUCCCCUCAUGCAAACUUCCCCAUUCAAGAAAGGACCAGUAUACAAAAAUGAAAACUUCUGUUCUUCUCUGUUGUCAUUUUGCUCAUCAUGGAGGUCAGGUGGCCUAAGCAUUGAUACAGAAAUUUUCUAUUUUAAAUAUUAUAUCAUGUUUUUUGUAAUAAAUUUUACUACUGUGAAAGG